AUGGAGCCUUCCGAUGAUUCAGGACUCAACGCUAAGCUGGACGCCAUUAUCGCCUCUAUCAACACUCUUCGCCUAGAGCAAGCUCAACUGGCCUCCGUGGUAGACGCAACGAACGGCCGUGUCAACGCACUGCAAGGAGUCCAGCAAGCCCAGAAUGGUAUCACCCAAGACGUAUCUCAGCCAGGCUGGAGGAACGCUCCCCAAAGUCCCCAGCUCGAUCCACACGGCCAUCCCUCGCGAGACAACAUCAGCUCGAUAGACGGAUAUGGAAGGGACACCACGUUGUCAAACUCUCCGCCACCGCCUCGUAAAGGCAGCACGACCACUUCAAAGAUCAUCCUGACCUCCUACCCAGGCCAAGCUGGCGUCGAUCCGCUACAAAUGUCCUGGGGUGAAAGUGAACCCCAGAAACGAGGUCCAGUUGUGGCCUCACGCAACCCAUCUACCAUCAAGCGAAGAAACGCAAUUGGAGCACACGGAGGAUCCUACUCCAUCUACUACGCUCUUGCCGUUGCGUCGCAUCAGCUCGACACAGACCAUAAGCCUGACUUCACGAACACCGAGCCCGCGGCCAACAUUGGCCCUUUCAAGGCGUGGGGCGACCCGAAGAAGAUCGUAGCAAUGGACCCAUACGGCCAUCUUGCUCCCUGGCUCUUCAAAGACCUUAUCACCAACGAAGGCGUCGACAUUCGCCCCACCAUCGCCAUCACCAGAGCACACAUGAAAAUCCCCGAGCUCGAAGAGAGCGUACGCAAAGGUCGUCUCGUUCCGGACGGCAAGAUCUGCCUCAACGCCACUGGCGAGCUCAACGUGACGAAGUUCGCGGUGGAACCAACGUGGUAUCUACCUGGCGUGGCAGCACGGUUCGGCAUCAGCGAGGGUGAGCUGCGUCGCUCGCUCUUCGAGAACACCGGCGGCAGCUACCCCGAGCUCAUUACGCGCAACGACAUCAAACUCUUCUUGCCGCCUAUAGGAGGGUUGACUGUUUACUGCUUCGGCGACCCGGCGAAGAUGAGUGAUCCGAACGUCAAGCUCGCACUGCGGGUUCAUGACGAGUGCAACGGCAGCGAUGUCUUCGGCUCAGACAUCUGCACCUGUCGCCCGUACCUGAUCUUUGGCAUCGAAGAAGCCGUCAAGGAGGCCCAGCAGGGUGGCAGCGGCGUUGUCAUUUACUUCCGCAAGGAAGGACGAGCGCUUGGUGAAGUGACGAAGUAUCUGGUCUACAAUGCACGGAAGCGUAGUUCGGACAAGGCGAGCGAAUACUUUCAGCGGACGGAGAACAUUGCCGGCGUCAAAGACAUGAGGUUCCAAGCCUUAAUGCCGGAUAUCUUGCACUGGCUCGGCAUUCAGAAGAUCGAUCGCAUGCUCAGCAUGUCCAACAUGAAGCAUGAUGCUAUUGUCGAGCAAGGCAUACCAAUCGUGGAGAGGGUGCCUAUUCCGGACGAAAUGAUACCAGAAGAUAGCCGCGUCGAGAUCGAUGCGAAGAUUCACGCCGGCUACUUCACCAUGGGGAAGACCAUGACAAUGGAAGAGCUGGGGAAUGUACAUGGUCGAGCUUGGGACGAUGUUGAUCAUUGA